UGAUCAUCGUCUCUAAUAAGAUUUAAAAAUUAUGUCUAGAGGACGCGGUGGUGGACGAGGUGGUGGAAGGGGCGGCUUUAAAAGCGGUGGUGGCUUCGGUGCAGGAAGCAUGCCUCCUAUGGGUCUCACAUUUGCAGACAUACAAGCGAUGUCCAGAGAAGGAGACGCGUUGUACCCACCAUUGGAUCCUCUGCCCGUUCUCACCGAUUACUCUGCUGACGAGAAACGAAUCUGUGAUCUGCAAACCGGAUUUGUUACCCGUUUACGGCAAUCAGCCUACUACGUAGUCGAAACAUCAAAGUCAAAUGACUUGGAGCGUUAUUCUGAUAAAUAUCGCCAAAGUCCUGCUUCUCAGCCUACACUGAAGCGGAAGGACCUUAAUGCACCUUUUUUUCCUUCGGAAAUAUUCGAGGGCUAUUUCAAUCCAAAAAGAAAACGUAAAGUUGACAAGAAAGGCGCCACCAAACGCCUCAAUCUUGAUGACUUAGCGGAGGACGCUGAGGACCCAGAGAAGUCGGGCGACGAACGCUCAGAUGCUGGAUCACAGCCAGUUGAUUCCGACUACGACGUCGACGAGGAAUAUGACAAUGAUUAUGCGGAGAAUUAUUUCGAUAAUGGUGAAGGAGACGAUAUGGACGGUCUUGGAGACGGUGGUGGUGGAGAUGAUGGCGGUGGCGGCGAUUAUGACUAGGAGAGCACAUUUGUGUAUCUCCUUAGUACAAAAGGACCUGCAAUGCAGAGACCUCCUUAUCAUCGGCACUUUCAUGCCCCCAUCCUGUUUCAACAGGCCACAUGUGCCCGCCUAAAAUGCGCACGUUGCCUUGGGCCUGUAGACUCAAGAUCCAAGGGAUCAUUAGUCUAAUUCGAAUUCUUCUUUCGUCACAUUGUAUUCCGCAUCAACCACAUUUACAUGUGUAAAAUACGAUACGGAUUUCUCGUCACUGAGCGAACCUCAGAGCCGCGUCUGUGUGGUGUGAAGGCUCGAUGUACUAGAUAUGAACAGGCGUAUAGAUCUCA